AUGAGAGAAAAUGAUGCCAAGGCAUUCGUCAGAGUAUGGAAAGUCAUGGAGAUGUGCUACAAGAUCUUGGGCGAAGGGAAGCUUGUCACCCAGCGGGAGUUGUUCUACAAACUACUAUCGGACUCACCCAAGUACUUCAGCUGUCAGCGUCAUGUCAAUCAAACUAUCCAAGAUGUUGUUUCAUUGCUCCGUUGCACAAGGCAGAGUUUAGGAAUCAUGGCAUCAAGUAGAGGGGCUCUGAUUGGACGACUUGUGUUGCAUGAACCGGAGGAAGAACACAUUGAUUGUUCCAUUCUUGGACCUUCUGGGCAUGCCAUUACUGGGGAUCUGAACCAAUUGAGCAGAUUAAAUUUGUCUUCAGAUGCCCGUUAUCUCAUUGUAGUGGAGAAGAGGCUGGCUGAAGACCGCUUAUAUAAUCAGAUUCCAUGUAUCCUCAUCACUGCAAAAGGAUAUCCUGAUAUCGCCACAAGGUUUAUCUUGCAUCGACUGAGCCAGACUUUUCCAAAUAUGCCAAUAUUUGCAUUAGUGGACUGGAACCCUGCGGGGCUCUCUAUACUGUGUACUUACAAAUAUGGAAGCAUAUCAAUGGGCUUGGAAUCAUACAGAUACGCUUGCAAUGUAAAAUGGCUUGGACUAAGAGGAGAUGAUCUGCAACUUAUCCCUCAGAGUGCAUUCCAGGAGUUGAAACCUCGUGAUUUGCAGAUCGCCAAAAGCUUGCUGUCAUCUAAGUUUCUGCAGGACACGCACAGGGCAGAGUUGACGCGGAUGGUCGAGACGGGCACGCGUGCUGAGAUCGAAGCUCUCUACUGCCAUGGAUUUGAUUUCCUGGGGAAGUUCAUCGCCAGGAAGAUUGUGCAGGGUGACUACAUUUGA